AUGGAGGUUAAUAGUGAUGAGAAUGAUCGUACCAUAAGGGUUGCGGGCCAGAAAGAGGAAGAAGAAGAAGAGAUUCUUAAAAAGAGAAUCUUACUGCAUCCUUUGUUUUCACUUUUGGUUGAGACACAUAUCGACUGUAUCAAGGUAGCUUUAGGUGAAAUUCAAGAUAACGAUAAGGCGAAUGGCAAAGAAGAAGCAAAAUUAAAGCUUGAAACUCUCAAUUGUGCUGAUAUUUCAGAGUUUGAUCUCUUCAUGGAAGCGUACUGCAUUAUGUUAAACAAACUCAAAGAGGCCAUGAAGGAACCGUUGCAGGAGACAGAAUCUUUCAUCGAGGGAAUGUACAAGCAACUAAAUGAGAUAAAUGAGAAUCACCCAGAACCCAACUCCUCUGCUUAG